AACGUGUCUCGGUAACGUUUGGAUGUGCACGAGUCUUGACGUUAGCUAGCCGAUAAUGUGCAUGUUUUCAAUGGGGACGGACACUAGUUAGCUCAGGAGUCACGUUUCACACCGGACAGCAUCAUUGUUAUAGCCGACAGACGUCCACAGGAGUGUGUGAGGGGCAGGAGGUGCUGCUAACGCGAAGGCAAUAUGGAGGAGACACAGCUAGCUGCAAACUGAGGCUCCCUCCGAGGCUUUGUCGUGCCGUGUGUUCUUCUGGGUCUUCUUUAACACCCCUGAAUGGGAUGUAUGUUGCAUCACAACUAUGUGAUUUUAAACUAUGUUAAAGCAUAGAUAUAUGAUAUGAACAUCAGCUGUACAUUGACUCACUGAUACAGUAUAGUAAGCUGCCGCCAGGUGUUGCAAACCUCCUGUGCACUGUUGUUGAUGCUGGCACCGCCAUGGCACCGUCUGCCACCGCUGGAUCAUCAAUUAGUAAAGUCAUAAAAAUGUCAUUUAUUUACUCUUUCAUGAGGACAACGCACAUGUGUUAACAUGGCUGUGAAUGUGCCAGCGUUAGCCGGCUGGUUAACUUGCAACUCUGGUGUCUAGGUGAUGUUUUGAAAGCAGAGCAACAGAAGAAAUGCAGAAUGCAUGCAGAAAUGCAGCAUCAAAACACAUUUAUGAAAUAUGCAGACAUGCACAGCAGUAAUAGGCGAUAAGACUCAAUGGAGAUCUUGAUAAAAAUGUGAGAAGAUACAGCUACAUGAACCUGCUGGUCCCCAGGUCUACCUGAUGAGUAUGAGCCUGACUACAGAGCCCCCUAACGAUGUUCCCGCUGUUACAGAAGAGAGCAAAAUGACCACAGCCGAGAAGAAGGACAAGAAGCCAGAUGAAGUGGCAGAGGAAGAGGAGGAGGAGGAGGAAUACGUGGUGGAAAAGGUCCUGAAUCGGCGAGUGGUGAAAGGAAGAGUAGAGUAUCUUCUCAAGUGGAAAGGCUUCUCUGAGGAAGAUAACACAUGGGAGCCAGAAGACAAUCUGGACUGUCCAGAUUUGAUUGCAGAAUUCCUGCAGUCCCAGAAAUCAGCACACGACGGAAAGAGGAAGGCAGCCGGGGACGCAGAUGGAGACGAGAGUCGAACGAAGAAGAAAAAAGACGAUACAGAGAAGCUAAGGGGCUUUGCUCGAGGACUGGAUCCAGAAAGGAUUAUUGGUGCCACAGAUUCCACAGGAGAGCUCAUGUUCCUCAUGAAAUGGAAAAACUCUGAUGAAGCUGACCUGGUGCCGGCGAAGGAGGCCAACGUCAAGUGUCCGCAGGUGGUCAUCUCGUUCUAUGAAGAGAGACUCACUUGGCACUCGUAUCCCACCGAAGACGAGAAAAAGGAUGACAAAAACUAACACAAGGGGCAGGGGAGAGAAAGAAACUGUAGUUUUGAACUUCAUUGUACUUUUGAUGGGAUUUGGGGGGGGGGGACAAGCAAGACAUCAUCGGACUCAUUUGUCUUAUGGUGCAGUAUCACUCAUUUGAUUAUACUUUUAUCUGGAUAUAAUCUACCUGUAAAUAUGCUUCAGAUUUGCUUGACAGCUGAAAUGUUAAACACAGUGUUAAUUUACAGUAUCGACUUGAGUUUUGAGAAAGCCUGUCGGUCGUUUCAGUAUCCUUUUCACACGGAAUUCUGUCCAGUGCUCGUCAUCUUGCUAUGACAAUGUAUCAGUGAGGUGAUGUUUUUAUUUCAUUAGUGCGCCAUUUCUUUUUAUACUUGGUUCAUUAGUGCUUUCGACGGCAAAGCUGUGUCCAUUAGCUGUUUCCUUAGGACUUGUUUGAUGUAUGGUUAUCAGCUUUUCAGUGAUUGAUCUGGCUAUUGGUAAUCUUUGUAGUGUUUUUCAUGACUAUGUCUUGCUUGUCGGUUUUGGACAAUAAACCACUUUUUGUUAACUCUGUUUC